AUGCUAGAAAUGAUGAAGUGUCAUGAAGAGUCUGGAUCUCCGUAUAAGCCAAUCCUUAGGGUUGGAAUUGGCAUUGAGAAGUCAGCAAAUUUUGUUGAUUUAACAAAAAUGAUGCCUUUAGGGGCGGAAAGUGUGUUAGAAAAGUUGAGUCCAUCAAAUACACCCAUCUUAACUGUGAAAGGAGCCCUUGAAGAUGUUUGGGCAAGCCCGAGUAAGGCAAAAUCGUUUGUUCCAAAAGGGCCAAACAAGCUUAUCUUGAUCGUGCGAGGGACCCAUAUUCCUCCUGUGAUUAUUAGGCCAGUAUACCAGCUCCCAAUGACUAACCCCAAAGUUGUUCCUUGGAAUUAUGAGCCUACUCUCGUGACAUACAAGGGAAAAGAAAUUGAUGAAGAAAUAGAUGAAGUAGGAGGAAUAACCCGUUCAGGAAGAUGUUAUGUCCCGAUGGAAUUAAGGAAGACUAAAAAUGACCAAAUACAAAUAAAGAGUCCGGUCACUGAAGGAGAGGCAGAGGAAUUCCUAAGGAAGAUGAAACUAUCAGACUCCUCCGUGGUGGAACAAUUAAGAAAAACUCGAGCCCAAAUCUCUUUGUUGUCUUUGCUAAUACAUUCUGAUGAACAUCAUGAUGAACUACCCAAAGAAGGUACAGGACAUAACCAAAGCCUACAUAUCACUGUAAAGUGUGAGCUUUCAUAUGUCCCUCGUGUUCUAAUUGAUGGAGGAUCUGGAGCAAAUAUUUGUCCUUUAUCAACUCUACAGAAAUUGAAUGUUAGUGCUGAAAGGGUCCGACCCAACAAUGUAUGUGUUAGAGCUUUUUAUGGGCCAAAAACAGAUGUCAUUGGUGAGAUAGAGCUCGUACUAACCAUAGGGCCUGUGGAUUUCGCUGUGAAUUUUCAAGUGUUGGAUAUCAACGCGUCCUACAAUCUAUUGUUGGGGAGGCCAUGGGUAAUUGUUCAUGGUGAGGGGGAUUUGUCAAUCUACAAAGACUCUUCCUCCCCUUUUAUCAAGGCGGAUAAUGAGAGUGAGGCACUGGUUUAUCAAGCUUUUGAGGUAGUGGUUGUUGAGCAUAUCCCCGAGGGGAGUGUCAUUUCAAAACCAAAUAUGCCCAUCGCAUCUGUAAUUGUGGUGAAUGAAUUAUUGAAACAUGGGUUUGAGCCGGGUAAAGGCUUAGGAAUCUGCCUGCAAGGGAGAGCUUAUCCAUUGAGUCUACAAAAGAGCAUCGGUACUUUUGGAUUAGGCUACCAACCUAGAGUCGAGGACAAAAUGAAGGCAAAGAAGAAGAAGAGAGAUGUAUGGUCACUUACCAAGCCUAUAAAACCAAUCUACAAAUCUUUCAUCAAAGCCCGCGCAACAGAAUCUUAUCAAUCAUCUUUUCCAGAGCCAGUGAUGAAAGUAAGCGAAGAAAUGGUCAACUAUUUUAGAGAUUUAUUUGUCGAGGUUGACAUGGUGGAACUCGGAGAAGGCACUAGCGACAGAGAUGUGCAAUUCAUUGGUCCUGAUGUCAAGCUAAACAAUUGGGAGGUCACCCCUCUCCCCGUUAAAGACGAGUCUUGUUCUUUCUAUGUCGAUUCUAGUGAUAUGACAUGCAUGCAUAAUUUUUCGCCAGAUCUUAAUAUCCAAUCUAAUCUUCGACCUAAUAUUGAAAUAAUAAGUCAAGAAAUCGAAUAUGAUGAAGACAGAGUAUUUGAAGAAGUAAGGAGGGAUUUCAAUCAUUUUGAAAAUAAGUCAAAUCCAAACAUGAGUGAAACUGAGACGAUAAAUUUGGGGGAUCAGGAAAUUAUUAAGGAGACUAAGAUAAGUGUACAUGUUCGACAUCAAAAGGAUGAUACAAUCCAGGCCCUGUUUGAUUACAAAGAUAUUUUUGCGUCAUCUUAUGAUGACAUGCCUGGAUUACGCACUGACAUGGUUGUUCACAAGUUGCCAAUUGAUCCUAAUUUUCCUCCGAUAAAGCACAAGUUGAGAAAACUCAAAACCGACAUGAGUAUAAUAAUUAAAGAGGAGAUCACAAAACAACUUGAGGCCAAAAUCAUUCAAGUCUCUCAAUAUCCUUCUUGGUUAGCCAAUAUCGUACUCGUCCCUAAGAAAGACGGCAAAGUUCGAAUGUGUGUUGAUUAUCGUGAUUUGAAUAAGGCAAGUCCAAAAUAUGAAUUUCCUUUGCUUAACAUCCAUAUUUUAUUGGAUAGUUGUGCCAAACAUGAGGUUGCAUCUGUUGUGGAUUGUUAUGCGGGCAACCAUCAGAUUAUUAUGGAUGAUGAAGAUGCAGAAAAAACAUCUUUUAUCACUCCAUGGGGUACAUAUUGUUAUCGUGUUAUGCCUUUUGUAUUAAAAAAUGCAGGGGCAACUUAUAUGAGAGCAAUGACAACCAUGUUUCACGAUAUGAUGCAUAGGGAAAUCGAAGUUUAUGUGGAUGAUGUUAUCAUUAAAUCUAAAAAACAGUCAAAUCAUGUGAAAGACUUAAGGAGAUUCUUCGAAAGGCUCCGCAAGUAUAAUCUCAAGCUUAAUCCUGCAAAAUGUGUAUUUGGAGUACCAUCGGGGAAGCUUUUGGGGUUUAUAGUCAGUCGAAGAGGUAUCGAGUUGGAUCCUUCAAAAAUAAAAGCAAUUCAAGAAUUGCCACCUCCAAAGAACAAACUUGAGGUUAUGAGCCUUCUAGGAAGACACAUUCCCAGGAUGCACAAUGAGAUUGCAGAUGCAUUGGCCACUUUAUCUUCGAUGCUCCAACACCCUGAUGACGCCCAUAUCGACCCUUUAUACAUACAAAUUCGUGAUCAACAUGCCUAUUGCAACAUGAUUGAGGAGGAAUUUGAUGGUAAGCCUUGGUUUCAUGAUAUCAAAACAUAUCUUCAGUCUGGAGAAUGUCCGUAA